CAAAAAUUCUCAAAUCAAACUGAAAUAGUAACAAAAUUGUAAAUAGAAAGUAAAAAAGGCUCAAUCAAAAGAGACGUGUGCCGACGAAUAGCAGCAAAGUAACUGCAUAGAAAAAAUAACAUAAAAAAUAAUGAUAGAUAUCAAUAAAAUAAGAAAUAAUUUUGAAAAAUUCCCAUCACUCAAGCAAAAAUGUGGUGACCAUGCAGCUGUAUUAGUACAGCAACAACAAAAACGUCAGCACAUCAACUCAAAUUCCAACUCAAAUAAAAACGCCCAUAAAAUAACAGCAACCGCAACGCCAACAGAACCAAAAACAGCCGCCGUCAAAACCCUAAAGACAACAAUUGCGGCCUCCAAACCAACAAACACAAAUACGUCUGUUGUGAACGGCAAAUCAGAAGCGACACGGAGGUCGCCCAUUGCUGUUGGCAGGCGUGCGGCGUCGGCCAGCAGCACGCGCAACACCAAAGCUGCUAAUAAUAGCAGUAACACAACAAACAAUAACCUCAACAACGACACAAAUCCCGUGCGCACCGCUAAUAAGCCAUUCUUUUUGGUGCCACAAUUUCAAGAUCAAAACUUCUUAAAGGAGGAAUGUGAAUUGGCGCAUGCGCAGGUCGCAGUACCGGGCGCAGAGAAGCGGCAAUCAAAAUCAGCUAGUGUGUCGAUCGAUGGGCAUGUGGGUGAGUUAAAUAACAACAAGAACAUCAUCAGCAACGCAACUAAUCUCAAGAGCAGCAGCAACGGUUGCCGAAACAGCUGCGACGGCGGCAAAGGCAACAACAAUAACAAAACUAGUCACUCUUACGCUAUUAACGGUAUUAUCGGUGGCAAAAGGCGUCCCACAACUGCACCACAUCCAUCAGCGGCAACAGUGGCGGCGGUAACAGCUAAUGGGAUGCGACGCAGCGGUGGCGGCAGCGCCAACGCAAGCGUCAACAUUAGUCAACAUCAUCACCACCAACACAUCAGUUCAGCAGCUGCAGCAGCGACAACUCCUGCAACGACAACGACGGCGGCCGCGGUAGCAGAGACACAGAACGGCGCUUCAACCAAGAGCGCCACAACUGAUUCCUCCGUCCAUAAAGUCGACAUUGUCUUCAAUAAUCGGCUGCCGAGCCAACAAACCAACGGUGGUCGUAUUGUCGUCGCUUCCAAGAGUCCGAAACAGCCACAGCAACAUAUGUUCAACAGUUCACGUCCGCUCACAGGCACAUCAACAAACGCCACAAAAACUAUUGGCACGCCGACAAGCACAAGCGUAAGUGGUGGCGCGUCAACAUCAACAGUGGUGACGACUAAGGUGACUAACGGUCCGAUCAAAUUGGUGCGUCCGCUGGUGCAUCGCAGCAUUCCAUCGACAGCUGUGGCGUCUGCUAACGCCACGGCAACGCGCGACAACGUCAACGCAUACUCUAAUAAGCUGUUCAACAGCUACGGCAGCAAUAGCAGUCGAUUUAGCAAUAACAACAACAAUAAUAAUAAUAGCGCUAGCGUCGUUGGUAAUGUCAUAAGCGGCGGCAACAGCGGUGGUUGCAAUAAUAAUAUCUCUAGCAAUAAAACUGACGGCAGCAGUGGCGCUGGCGCUAUCGGUGUCAACGGCAUGCAGCACACGCUCGAACACGACGAUAUCAAGUAUAUAGACAGCGAUGACGCGCCGACAACGUUGGCGCAGGCACCCACAGCCGCAGCCGCUGCUGCUGCUGCUGCACCCACCACAUCCUCAAGCGGCGGUGGCGCGCAGUUGGAGCGGAAAACACAGUUGCGGUGCGAGCAGGUGUGUUGUCAGCAUACCAACAGCGCGACGCCUGCAAGUACUGGCGGUGGCAGCGGCGGUAGCGAUAGCGCGCCAUUCAAGACGCGCAUGCGCCCCAAAUCGACGAUCAUCUGCUCCACUAGCAAUCUCGUCUUUGAGAAAAUCAACAACUACAAGUACGCCAAUGGCAGCGCAAGCGGCGGCGGCAGUAGCGCGGCCAAGUUUGCCGCCGAAGCAGCUGCAGCGCGCCGUCAUGAGCUGCGCCACAGUAUCGAUUCGAAUAGCAUCAGAGCCUCGAUUCAGAAAUUUGAUAGUUUUAGCGAGCAAAAGCGCAGCGGGGUUGCUCAGGUGACACUGCGCUCACACGGCGGCAGCGGUAGCACAAGCAACCUGCAACAUCAUCGCCAUAGCGGCAGCGAGUUCGACCAUGCCACCGGUAACAGCAGUUUGUUGCGACUGGCGCAAAGCGGCGGUGGUUCGUUGACGCGCGCGCCCUACCGCACGGCAUCACCCUCACCAGCAACUGCUUGUAAAGUAACUGCCACCAUGCAUGGAACGACAUUGGCGGCCUGUUCAACUGGGUCCUCCUCAUCAUCUAUACGCACUAUGUCCAGCAGCAGCGCUACUAGUAGCACUAAUAGUUUGCCUACCAAAAGCGCGGGGAGCAUUGUUGCUGCUUCAACUACAGCGGCCGCUGUCUCCGCCAAUCGCCAUCCAGAAGUGUCGCUAUUGCGUACAUCGGAGAGCGCUGCCCAUACUGCACUCUUGCAAAUCAAAGAUGUUGCGGGAGUGGGGUCAAAGAAGGUGGAAACGAAAAUGAUGAAUGGCGAUGUAAAGAAAUGCGCGAAGGCGGAGACGAACGGUUUGUGCAACGGCGCCGCCGGAGAUGUAGAUAGUAUUCGCAGCACAGCCCUCAGGAGUAUUCCUCCAGCGCCACCAUCGCCCACAGCGUCUCGAUACUGGGAUCGUGACAGUCGCACAAUAACAUCGUCGGCACUCUCCUCGUCUCCAUCAUCGGCGACAAAUAACAUAGACGAUGUGAGCAAGUCGAAGUCGAGCGAUGAGAAUAGCGAAGGUCUAUGCGGGCUGAGAAAUAUCGGAAAUACUUGUUUUAUGAAUUCUGUCAUACAGUGCCUGAGUCACACCAGCGAAUUGACAAAAUUCUUGCGAACAUACAAUGGCACACGUUCCACCUCUUCGAAGGAUCAACAAAUCUUACAAGAGUUUGCAAAGUUGAUACGCGAAAUGUGGACCAGCAAUGUGCAUAGCGUCACGCCUAUGGAUUUGAAGCGCGCAUUUUCCCUAAAACAUCGCAUGUAUAGUGACUACAACCAACAGGAUGCGCAAGAAUUUCUACGCUUCUUUCUCGAUUCACUGCAUUGUGCGCUGAAUACAGGCGUGAAGGGUGAACACUUGAAAAUCGACGAUAACCUUAGCGACAAUAAAAAAGCGGAUCUAACAUGGGAAUGGUACGCCCGCCACGAAAACUCACUCAUACGCGACCUUUUCGUCGGCCAACUGAAGAGUGCUUUACGCUGUACCAGCUGCGGAAAUACGAGCGUAACUUUCGAUCCGUUUUGGGAUUUGAGUGUGUCGUUGCCAUCAUUGUCACGUUGCAAGCUAGAAUCUUGUCUAGAUCUGUUCAUACGCGAAGAGGUGUUGGACGGCGAUGAGAUGCCAACCUGUGCGAAAUGUCGCCAACGAAGAAGAUGUACGAAAAGCUUCACCAUACAACGAUUUCCCAAAUAUUUGGUUAUACAUUUGAAGCGUUUCUCGGAGACGCGCUGGAGCAAGUUAUCGAAUAUCGUCGAAUUUCCGACUGGUGAACGAGAAUUAAAUAUGGGUCCAUACGGUUCGAACCCCAACACGAAUAUAUAUUAUUCAUUGUAUGCGAUUUCAAACCAUAUGGGUUCUACCGCUGGUGGUCACUAUGUGGCAUUGUGUAAACACCCGGUAUCAAGAAAAUGGCAUGAGUUUAACGAUAACAUUGUAAGCGACACGCUGUCCGAAAGUAAUCUAGUGUCAUCCAGUGCCUAUAUACUGUUCUAUGAGCGAGUGUAAGCAAUAAUACUCGCGUAGUUAC